GGUUGCUGUAUUUGUGCACCACUGUUUACGAUCGUGGUGCUAUCUGCCGGGGUGCUUAUCAAGUGAAAUAAUCGCCCAUUAUCCGACAGAGACUAAACUUUGGUUGGCCUUCUGGUACACUUGCUCAAAGUUCGUAUCUGGCUUGUCGCGAGAACCCAAGAAGGACUGGCCGUCCAACUGUAUUAUCACCAGAUAAUGCAAGAAGCUUUAUCAUUUGGUUCGCUUCUCGCACGAUCGUUCUCUUCUUUUUGCGAAGUGAUAACUAGAGUAAAUUGUAACUUGAUACGGUCCUGACGUACGCUCACUUUUCACAUCGUAUUUUUAACUCCUGCUUGGUGUUUGACCUUUUAAAAAGCCGACAAUAUGUCCCUUUCGAGACCGAUUUACAACCUGCUCGGUUCCUACCUGGAACAACUCUUCGAGCAUCCACUUCGUACGAAAGCGUUAACGAGCUGCGUUAUUGCAUCCUCCGCGAACUUGGUCUCACAGAAGCUCGGUGGUGUCAAGCAAGUCAACAAGGAUUCGGUGCUGGCGUACGGUUUGUUCGGCCUGAUCUUUACUGGCCCACUGUCGCAUUUCUUCUACAGCUGGCUAGAUCGUGUUACUAAUGAUACCCGCUUCAAGAAGCUAUUAAUGUUGCUUGGAGAGCGAACCUUAUUUGCGCCAGUCAUUACCGCCCUGUCGCUGUACUUUAUCUCGCGAUUUGAGUACAAAAGUCACGACGAAGCGUUCGUCAAUUUGAUUACCCAGUUUCGUAGCAUUCUGCGGGGUAAUUGGAAAUUCCUUACAUUGCCUGUAUUCAUCAACUUCAACUACGUUCCACCUAUGCUGCGCGUUCUUUUUGCCAACAUCAUUGGAUUCUGUUGGAUGGUUGUGUUGUCUACUAAGAGAAGAAAAGCAGAACUGCGCCGCCAACAGCAGGCACAGGACAAGAGCAAAUCCACCUGAUCAACUCCCAUUUGACUCCCUGGGAAGCAGCAUAUGGAACGGAACAGAACUUAAUCGUCUGCCAGGAACACUGCAUUUGUUUGUAUAAUAUUAAAUAUUCCAGUACCCGGGUACAUAUAACGUUUGAUGGAGUAGAAACGAGAACAAAAAUACGCACUGUAUGGCUAGGUAAGGGGUUUGGGAACGAACGAAAGAGUUUAACGAAAAUAAAAACCUUACGAUGGGGAAAUAUAAUGUUACAAAUUUCGGUGUUGUUAUUAAUUCGAUUGUAAUACAAAUAAAUUCAACCAUUAUCGUUUUGCUAGUCUUGAA